AAUGAAAUGGUAUUACAGAGAUUUGAGACUGAACAGCGCAUAUCCUAUAGGACAAAUACACGAAAAGAACACAGAGGGACAGUCAAGAGCACAGUUGUAGGAACUACUGACUUUUCAUACCUGCGGAUAUCUCUCUGAUGUAGUCCAGGACUUGGCCUAUCGACCUUCUAGGGAAGCAAAAAAAAAGACCAUCGAGUCGACUCUUGGAUCAGCUUGGUAGGCCAAAGUUAGAAAUGGUGCUUAAAUCAUUCUAAUUUUUACAUCAAGUUGUGAUAUUCUGGGUACGUGAUACAAAAAUACUUUCUUAGCGGUCCACUUAAAAAAACACAUUUUGAGAAAGCAUGAAACACGAUUUAUACAGCAAUCAAAAAGACUUUAUCGUUCUACCGUGGAUGUUUUCUUGUAAGAUAGGCCUAGGUUUCAUUUUAAGAACAAAAAGGCUGACUUAUCGUAAUCAUCUUUAGGGACCGAGUACUCCUUCGAUUUUCCUUCUGUUUUUCUCGCAUCAAUUCAGUAUCAGUAUCAGCGACCUGUUGGUUGGAACUCAUGAUGGCUGUGUACGCUCACGCAAUAAACUUCGUAGUACUGUGUGGAUUCACUUUGCUUUAUGGUGUUGUGAUGGAUCACACCAGCAAAAAUCUUAAUCAUACGUGCUCGGAAAACCCGAGUGACCAUAGCGCCAAUUGCUCAUAUCGCGGUCUUACAUCGGUUCCCCGGAAUCUUUCACACGACGUGCGUUCCCUCAACGUUUCUGAUAAUAACAUCUUUAUGCUCCUGGACAAAUCUUUCGUGAACUAUACACAGCUAGAAACUUUAGACGCUAGUUACAACUCCAUGUACCUCAUUGAGAAUGAAACAUUUCAUGCUCUCCUGCUACUUAAGGUAUUGAUGCUCGAUCACAACAAUAUCAGUGUCCUACCCAUUUCCCUCCUGGAGAAGAAUUGCCAUCUAUACUUGCUAAGCCUGUAUCAUAAUAAACUCAAGCGAAUUCCUCUCAUCUUUGGAAACAAUCUGCAAACCACUUACUCUGCAAAAAAUGGGGAGGACGCAUGCGGAUGUAAGAAUUUGUCACGUUUUUAUUUGGCUUUUAAUGAAGUCAGAUUACUAGAGAAGGGAGAUUUUGUAGCUUUACGGAAUUGCUCCUUUGAUAGAUUUGACCUGAAUCAUAACGAUAUUAAGAGCCUCCCUCGUGCCGUAUUCACGGAUCUACCAGCAGUACAUUUACUCAUCAAUUAUAUAUCAUUGGUUCAAUUCCAGGCCGAUUCCUUUCUGGGUAAUAAGGCAAUAAUACAAGUGACCAUAACCGCGUCAGGUAUAAGAUCUAUUGUACCCAUGAAUACAUCAGAAAUACCAAGAGAUCUUUUUCCUGGUAUAACAAAACUUUAUUUAUCACGCAACGAAUUGAUAACUAUUCCAAAGUAUGCCCUGGAUGGUUUCGAAAAACUCCAGGUACUAGACAUUGGAAGAAAUCUUUUAUCAAGUCUUUAUAACGGUUCAUUUUGUGGAUUGAAGUCGCUGAUUAAUUUGAAUCUAUCUGUAAACAAAAUUACGUCGCUUCCACGAGGAUCUUUUGCUUGCGCCGAAAAGCUUGAGAGCAUUAAUUUAUCACUUAACGACAUUGCUGUAUUAGAUCCUCAAUGGUUCGACGGAAGCCACAGUCUCAGCACUUUGAGAUUAUAUGAAAGCAACAUUCAUGAUAUCAAAAAUAUACCAUGGAACACAACAAAUCUUCAAACUCUUAUCUUAGCCUUUAACAACCUUAAUUCCGUGAAUAACAAUACGUUUGUUGGUUUAAAAAAUCUGAAAUGUCUUGAUCUUACCAGGAAUCAUAAUCUUGUCGAUAUAUCCGUUGAUGCGUUUGAAGAAACUAGUUCUUUAGAAAAGAUCAUAAUGACAGAUUUAGUCAAAUUCACCAUGACUGGUUCUUUCAGUAACAUGCAUCAACUAGUAUUCCUAGAUAUGUCCUACCUUUCUAGUCGCUUAGAAAUUAAUUCCCGUGGCCAAUUUAGUCAUACGUCAGCGCUGAGGACUCUAAACUUAUCCAGUACUUACAUCAAAGCCGAAGAUCUAGUCCAAUUUAAAAGCAAUGGAUCACUGUUUUCAGGAUUGGUCUCAUUGCACACUCUUAAACUGCAAAAGAACUUAUUCUAUGAUUUCCACCACGUUCCUAACGCAUUUACCCCACUUUGGAAUCUUCAUGAGCUAGAUCUGACUGACUGUCGAAUACCACAAAUUGACUCGGGGAUAUUUAGGAAUCUCACGUCACUAACAGAUCUCUUGUUGGCCAAAAACUUGAUAAAAAUCAUUCCCGCAAAAGCUUUUCAGGAUCUACAGAAUUUACGUAACCUGAAUCUAACAUCUAACUAUAUUACAGUUAUCGAGAAGCAAUUAUUUUCCAGAACAUCCAGUCUCCAGUAUCUAUAUCUCCAGAAUAAUCAAAUCUCCACGAUAGAUUCUUUCACACUAUUACCAACAAGUCUAAAGGUGUUAAUCAUUGCGAACAAUCCUUUUACAUGUACCUGCCAACUUGCAUGGUUCAGGGAAUGGCUGGACAAGGUGAAUACGACAAUUGAUAAAAGAAGUGAAAUUCGUUGCUCUAGUACUUCCUUCAAAUCGCUAAGGAAUCAAACUAUCUGGUCCUUCCAUCCUAAAGAUUACUGCGGAGUCAAUAUCUAUCUUAUUGUAGGUGUAUCUUUGGCAAUCGUGACUGUUCUGUCUCUAAGUAUCCUCACGUACCAAAAGCGAUGGUGGCUGAACCACAAACUAUUUCUCUUAAAGUUGGCCAUCAUUGGGUAUCAAGAAAUCACUGAAAAUCAAGUUCCUGAGGACUACGAAUAUCAGCUUAACCUUAUGUUUCGUGAAGAUGAUGAGUGGUGGAUUAACGAUUGCAUGAAGCCAUUCCUGCAGGGGAGGAUGCCACACCUCGAGCACAUCGUGUUUGGGGAUAGUGGUCUUCAUCCAGGGUCUUUCUACUUAAACGCCAUCUAUGACGUCAUCGAGAACAGCUAUAAGACGGUAUUGUUGCUUAGCAACCAGUCAGUGGAGGAUACCUGGUUCAUGACCAAACUCCGUAUGGCCGUGGAGCAUAUGAAUGACACCAAGUUGGAGAAGGUCAUCCUCAUAUUCUUAGAGGACAUCGAUGAUGACAAUCUACCGUAUCUUGUAAGGCUGUUGCUGAGUCGGAACAAACCUUACUUGCUGUGGGUGUUUGAUGAUGAAGAUGGACAAGAACUCUUCUGGGCAAAGUUUGAGAAGAACAUGAGAGCUAACAGAGAAAUGAAUAAUGUAAUUCCAGUUUAGCACAGAUCAAACAAACUAGGCUUCUUACAAUUGUAUGGAAGAUCGCGUGUCAUGGCGUGUGGCUGUAACUGGACAUGCGUUGUAUAUAAACAUGUAGGCUAAUCCGAUGUGACAUUCGUCUUGACAAUUAUGUUUGUCUCAUUUAAAUUUAGUUCAAUUAAAAACUGUGAGAACGCAUGUAAGUUUUUCUACAAGGAGGUAUUGCAAAGAGCUUACACCUUAACCCCCUCCCCUCCAAGAUGAUAUUUUAUUUGUGGAAAUAAAAUAGUUUGUUCUUUGUCAAGAAUACAAAAGGAACUAGUAGGCUACCACCUCUGAGAUGAGAAAAAACUCCCCAGAGAGAGAGAGAGAGAGAAAGAUUAUUAUUAUUAAAAAGGAAACAAAGAAAGACUGAUGGGAUAGAGGGCUGGGUGGCUGCUUCUUUCAAGUGUAUUUAGUUGAAUAUUGAAUAUUACACAAAACCUUCCAAAGCCUCCCAUUUUGUAAAAUAAAUUGAAUUGUAUGUGGGGGAGUGGAAUUUCGAAACACGUAUUGCAAUAUUGAAUUGUACAUGGUUUGUGUGUGACCUCAAAUUCGCAGUGGGUCAGGUAUAAUCACUUCAUGUUUCUAAAAAGACAAUGUAUAUUGAUUCGUAAUCGGGAUAUCAAAGAAUUCUCUAUUGUUAACAAAGUUUAAAAGAGAAGAAGAAAGAUACUGGUUGCGUAUUACCAUGGACC